GUCAAGUCAUUGGCAUGAAAUGUCAUUAUCAAGACCGGCUUUGAUAAUCAAUACUUGCGUAAAAAGUGUCUACAAGUUGAAAUCCAGCCGUUUUCUUGUUAGAAAUUACUCAAACAGUGUUAAAAUGGACGAAAAGAGCAUUAUUGAAUUAACUAAACAGCUAGCUCCACCUCUGACCAAGGAUAAGCAUAAAGGCCAAGCUGGUCGGGUUGGUGUUUUUGGUGGAAGUUUGGAAUAUACCGGUGCACCGUAUUUUGCUGCAAUCACUUCGUUGAAGGUCGGGGCUGAUUUGAGCCACGUUUUCUGUGCUAAGGAAGCAGCACCUGUUAUAAAAUCCUACAGUCCGGAGCUCAUCGUCCAUCCUUUGCUCGACGCCCCUGAGGCAGCUUCGCAGAUUGAGCCAUGGCUGGAUCGGCUGCAUGUGGUGCUGAUAGGGCCGGGCUUAGGGCGGGAAGCCUCCACAUUCAAGGUCAUAGAUGAGGUGGUCGAGAUGUGCAAAGUUCGUAAAAAGCCUUUGGUGAUAGACGCCGAUGGUCUUUUCUACGUUUCGAUAAACCCAAAUGUACUCCGCGAUUACCCCUCCCCUGUAAUUCUCACCCCCAACGUCAUGGAAUUUACAAGACUAAUCGGAUCCAAUGGAGAAGGAAAUAAAAAAGAACAAUCCGGGAAUUUUCUUGCAUUAGCAAAAAAUAUUACGAUUUUAUGCAAAGGACACGACGAUGAAAUUUUCAACAAGGAGACGCAUGUUAGGGUUGUUGGAGGAGGCUCGGGGCGUCGCUGCGGAGGGCAAGGCGACCUGCUUUCAGGAGCAGUAACUACUUUCCUGGCUUGGGCUUUAGAACAGCUGAAACCUUCCUCUUCUUGCGACAAUCGUCCCGUAAUUGCGUCAUAUGCUGCUUGUAAACUAGCGAGGGCUUGUAACGCGAGAGCUUUUGCGAAAUACGCCAGAAGUAUGACUUGUAGCGACAUGAUCCACGAGAUUCAUCUCGUUUUUGAUGAGCUUUUUGAAAGGAGAUAAUUCAAAAUAAAUCUUUGAUAGAGAGGGGUUUUUCAUUCA